UUAGAUCAAAGAUUUCCGGAUAAUUAAGACUUCCAAACCAAAACCUCUUUUCGCUUGACUCCACUAUUUUAUUUUUUCUUUCCCCAGGCAAACAGGGCAGUGCUUCACACAGGAAGCCACAUCUGCCUAUCAAAAACAACAACCCAAACUGAAAGCGUGACAGGAGCCGGAGCGCAUUUGCAUGCGCUGCGAUUCCCGGCGCUAACCUGUGCCUCCACCCGCGAGCAGAGGAGAGGGCUCGGGAGCUGCUGCGGGCUGCCCGAACGCCUCCCCGCGCACAAUGCACGGCUGGCACAGGUGGAUGGAGCUGCCGGGUGCGAGGUGUCAGCUCCUGGCUCUGCUGCCGUGAAGCAGCUCCGUUUUGGCUUAGGAGCCGGACAGAAGCUGGCUAGAAGAGGUGGCAAUACAGAGCGAGCCCGGGGGGCUGCCAGGGAGCCUGCUCAGCCCUGAUGGAGGACAGGAGCCGCCAGCUCCCGCGCUAUCAGAGCCAGGAGAGGCCCGGGGUGGGGCUGGCGCCAGCGGGAAAUGUCUCCCUGGCAGCAGAUUAGCUUCACAGAAAGCCUGUCGUCGACAGCCUGCCCAGCGAAAAAACUCCAAGGGGAAGCUGAGGACAAACAGCAUCUUGAAGACAGUCCAUGGGGACUGUACCAGACCCUCUGAGAUCUGCCAAGCUUUCCCUGGUCUCAACUUCUGCAGAGGAGGAGCACCUGGGGGACCUGCAGUCUGCCAAGCCCCAGCCCCAGGCCCCCAGUGCCGAGAGGGCCAGCAAUGGUUUCCCGUGCGCGCCGUCCAGCUCAGCUGGGGUUUGCAUCUUCGACCUGACCUGCACGGGUGCUGCCAGCACGCAGAGGUGUGAGCAGUGCCACACGGAUAAUGACAGCCAGCAGGAAGCCCUUUCUCCCGGGCUGGCCAGCACAACUGCAGAGGGGCACCCUGCAGAUGUAAGGCCUGCUGGUUGUUCCCAGCCAGCAGGCAUCCCGGCACUGGCAGUGCCAGCCCUUGGUGCCACAGGAGCCCUCUCGGUGGGGCAGGGGCCAGAGAUGAUGCCAGCCCCCCAGAGCUCCCGGCAGUUUGUGCAAGGCAGCCAGGCCAAAACGAGCUCCCUGACACAGAUUGAUGACUCUGCCUUGAAACCUCAAGGAACUGAUGAUCAGCCAGCGCUUGAAGUGUUAAAUUAUUCUUCCCCGGGUGAUCCUGUCGGGGUUAAUCAAUUCUGUCAUACUUCUCAGGCCAACCUUCUGCAAAGAGGGGAAAAAGACAGGGAGGCAGAGGAAAAUGGUUCUGCUGUGUGUCAGUCAGUCCUGGCAGCAGGGCAAACCGAAGCUGACCUGGGGAAGGACUCUCAGACCAGUCUGGAGGCAAAAGGUGGGACUGCAGAUAUGCUGCAGUCACAUCCCCCAGAUAAAACUGAAGCAGUGCAGAGCAGCGAGGCACCAGCCCAGUCUGGCCAGGGGAGUCCCCAUCCUGUACACAACCUGGCCCCCAUGCCUGGGAUUCCAAGCCUCACCCAGCUCUCCAAAUUCAGAGAAACAGGUACAAUGACAGCUCAGCCAGACAGCAGCCCUUGCUCACCCAGCAGCUCAGCCCAGGAAGCUGUGAGCAGGACAUGGCGGGAUGCUGAGGUUCAGGCCGUGGCUACUGUGGAGAGCAAAUCAGCUUCCACCAGUCCCAGCAUCUUUGCUGCCUUCUUAAAAGGGAAUCCUCCUCCAGAGGAGAAGGAAGAACUACACAUAAUUUACCAAGGAGGUAUGGGGCUGAGCCAGGCUGCACUUACUGACAGUUUAUCCUCACAACAAAAGUCUCCAUGUUCUCCUGGUAUCACAUCAGAAUCAACUGUUGUGGCUGUGACUGCUUCAGCCCAAACCCAGCCUGGGAUCCCACCUGAUGUGGCAUCUCCAGUAUCAGCAGAUAACAUGAAACCUGUUCUCUCCUGCUCCCCUGCAGCUGUUACCUCUCAAGGAACAUCUGUGGGUAAUGCUGAAAUGAGCAGUGCAGCUCGUGAUGUCAAGAAUGCUGCUCAGCUGCCAAAGGAUGCUCCAGUCCCACCAAAGCCCAUCCCAGCUGAGCAGCUUGGAGUUGACUCCAGUAAUCAAACUCCAUCACAGUCUGGGAGUGGUGCUGGUGAGCCAAGUGCCACUUGCACUGAUGCUGUCCCAGGAACCCAGAACAACGUGCAAGAUGUCAUCCUUCAUGCAGGAAGCAGCCGGUCACCUUUACUCUCUGGCAAGGACAGUGAAGCCAAGCAGAAGGAGGUCCUGGGCAGCUCUGAGCAAAAGCCUGUGCAGAGCAAGGGUGGGAGUCAAGGGCAGGCCAGUCCUAAUCAAUCUGUGGUAAAACCAAAUGAAGAAAACCUGGUGGUGCUUGAUCCUAAAGGAGGGCUGAGUGUUGGCAGCCAGCAUGCCGCUGUCCGUGCCAAGGUGUGCCCACAGGAUGAGAAGGAGAGCAGAGGCCAUGGAGACAGUGGCCAGUCUCAGGUGGCUGGUGGCCAGAACCUGCAGGCAGGACUGACACCUGAGCUGAGUGUGAGUCCUGCAAGUCUUGCCCCUCCUGUGGCAGCACCGGCAGCUCCCCAGCAGCAGGGCCUCCGGGCCAGGCAGUCCGGACACGAUCUCCACACUGCAGUGAUUCCUGCUGCUUCCUCUCAGGCUGUGCCAAACCUGGGGGAGAGCAAAAAGCAUUCCACCCCAGCCAUGGAGGCCAAAGUACAGGUGAAGCAGUCCAAACACGUCAGGGAUGUUGUUUGGGAUGAGCAAGGAAUGACGUGGGAGGUUUAUGGUGCUUCCCUCGAUCCAGAAUCCCUGGGAAUUGCCAUCCAGAACCACUUACAGAGACAAAUACGGGAACACGAGAAACUGAUCCGGGCCCAGAACAGUCAGACCCGGAAAUCCAUUUCCUCAGAUACAUCCUCAAAUAAAAAACUAAAAGGGAGGCAGCACAACGUGUUCCAGUCCAUGCUGCAGAAUUUUAGGCGUCCUAAUUGCUGCGUCCGACCUGCUCCUUCCUCUGUGUUAGACUGACAUGGUUUGCAGGGGUGCCUAAAUACCUGUGGUGGUGGAGAGAAUCCCUCCCCUCAAGUCCUGCUGUUUGGUUGUGUAAUUGGGGUUGUGAUGCAGCAGUGGAAAAUAUUUUCCCUUUGUUUUCUGACUAGCCACAUGCUCCAUCCUGCCAUUAUUAUUAUUAUUGUCACAGCUGGUGUAUUUCCACGUUAUGCCCCAACCUUGACUGCUGUCAGAUGAAAAGUUAGGCACUUAGCAAAAGCACAAAUUUCAAUUGCCACCUUGCUGCAGGGAGAGCAGCACCUUCUGAUAAAGCAGAAAGCAGAGGGAUUGUCAGAAUUAUGGGAAUUUAUUUGUGUGCAUUAUGAGGUCUUACUCAAAGGGGUGGACUGAGGGAAGCUGAGGGAGGUGGAAUUAAGGUUCAACAGCUGUAAAGGCCUAACAGAAGACAACUUUCGUGGUUUGUAAGUUACCUGUGCUGAGGCAGUCCAUGAACAGGCUAUGGACACUGAUCACUGAGCAGCCUCACUUUGCUGAUACUGUGGGCCACCAGUCUCAGUAAGCCCCAGGGAGCCCGGUCUUCCCCUCCUGUUGAAAUGCAGAAUCAGGCAAAGAAUGAGGAUCAAGACUGAAGGAUUCUCUCUUUGGGAGAAGCUAAGUCUGUGGGAUGUUGAUGGCCAGAAGGGGAGGUGAGAGAGAUGCUUUUUGUCCCCUGCAGUGGCCACUCUUGCGGUGUGAGCCAUCGAGGCACUGGAGAGCGCAUCGUAGAUGGACCUGCGCCCAGCAGGAUGGUGCCCACCCUUUCUCUGGUACUCCUGCCAGGUCUUUAAAAGGCAGGGAGCUGUUCUGCCUCCUCAGGUGGGGUGGACAGCCCCUGCUCCCAGCCUCCUGUGGCUCUGAGCACCUCUGUUCCAAGGCACUCUUUAAAGUGAUGUGGAUCUUUCUUCUCUCUUCAGAAAUGCACAGUAAUGUUUUCCCAUAGCAGCAGGCUUUCCUGUGCAUUGGGGUCCAUGAGCCUCUAUGUCUAGCGUGUUACACUGAUGAUUUUUUUUUCCCUUUUAAGUCCUUAGCCAACUCUACUGUUUUUUUCAGUAUUUUGGUGCUUUUCUUGCUGCCUUUCAUAACCCAAAUACCAUUUAUUUAGCCUAUGUGUUAUUUUGUUUUACCUAACACUCUAUAUUAUGAACCAUUAUACUGUUAACUUGAAAAAUUUGCAGCAGUACUGAAAUCUUGAGACAAUCUUUGCUGUAUUUCUGAACUUAGUUAUAGAAACUGCUAAUAAAAGGUAGCUUAGUGACUGUUUCUCCAGAAGUAUGAUAUACAAUAAUGUCUCAAAUAUAUGUUGGUCUCAUUUCUCAAUAAUAUUUUUCUACUUGGGAAAUGUGUUUCCCAGUAGCUUUGUAUUUUGUCCACUAGAGUUCAUUAUGGGAGGCUGGGGAACUCUUGCAGUUUGUAGAAAAUGUAGUUAUCAAUCCUGCAAAGCACUGAUGAUUUGGAUAUUGUAAUCCUGCAGAGUACUAGAGUUAAAUAGGAGAUACUUUUAGUCCAUUAAAGAUUUUUCAUGAAUCAUGAUGAUAAUUUAUUUCUGUCUCUAGUACCACACACCUGACUUACUCUGUAGAUCUUACUCUUACAAUUUACUCUAAAUCUUACAGGUUUACAACAUGUAAAUGAGUAUUAGUAUCUUUUUUUUUUUUUUGUGAAGUGAACCUGAAGUGGUCCCCAGUUAUUUAGGAGGCCAGACUUCUUGAGUAUAUCAACUGCCAAACCCUCAUAGCUGCUGCCUGGGGGCAAUUUUUCCCCAGCAGAAAAGUAAAAUACUAUAAGAUACAACAUUCUAACCCAAGGCAAUGAAAAGUGUUGUCCCUAAGCAUAGUACUGGAUUGACUCCUAGUUUUCCUCAGAUAUAUACCAAGGGGCUUUAUGUCACGUCCUUGUUCUAUUUCUGUAUGUUAUUUCAAGUCGUCCCCUACUUGUGGUGCUGAGUUUUUAAUUCUGAAACACCACAUUAGAGAGCGUCUUCCCACCUCUGCCUAUCAGAAGGAAAGUCUCCACCCUUUUUUCUGUUAGUACUGCUGUUUCCACCCCUUUCUAGCAGUGUCUGAGAUGUGAGUUUCAUGUGAACUUCUGUGUGGGAUUAAUAUUGACAGUGUCAUUAGGUCAGGUUAGUCGACAAGUUCAGUGUCCCUUCCCACAUUGUGUCUGUGUCAGCCCUGACAAGGUUCCCUGAGUUGCCUGCCGUUCUUGCUGUGUCCUGUCCAGGUCCAAGGCUCUGUGCUGCUCCUUUUGCCCCCUUCUGCCCCUUCCCUGCUAGCUGCUGCCCAGCCUGUCUUCCUGUGAAGCCGCGUCCCUUGGCUCAGCUCGUCCCCCUCUGCGUUCCCCCUGCUGUAGCUGUGAGCCAGCUUAUUCUGAACUGUCCUUUUAACAAAUGUGCUCAGUCUGAAUAUGCAAAUGGAUUGUCCUAUUUUUUUUCUUCCAGAGGAGAAUAAACAGCUAUCAUUCAUUCACUGAUUUCCAUGAAUUUUAUGCUUUAGCACCAAUUCUGCAAAAUAUUUCUAGGAUAUGGGUAUGAGUUGCUUUAUUGAGACCAAACUAGGCUUGGCAAUGAAUGAGCAGGAUGCUGGGGCAACACUGGACUUACUGCUUCCUUGCAAGGAAUGAGAGAUCUCCCCUGGUUCCUUGCAGCUUCUUUCAGCUAUGAGUCUCCAGUAGUUGGUCCACCCUCCCUUCCCUACACCAAAUGACCUUUCUUGUAGGAAAAUUUCACCAGUGCAUUCGUACUACAAAGCGCCAAAGUUCCUGAGUGGAUGCACCAGAACAACUGCAUGGGCACAACUGAAAUAAAAUGGAGUGCUCAGCCUGUCUUCUGGGCAAAUAUGAGUGCAAAGAUGCAAAUUGUCCAUGGCACUGUCUGGUGGCUGCAGAAGUCCUGCAGACGUGUGUUGGAAGCCAAGCAAUAAAGUGCCAAAAGCCAACACGUGAAAAUGAGUUGAUAAUCACCAGCACAUCUCAUGGAAAAUAUUUUAGGUUUUGACUGUGCCUUGCUAGGGCAGACUGUAGGCAACCUGCUAGUUUGACACUGGUGAUUAGUGCUUUCUCCUGCAUACAAUGUCCAGGUGACAAUGUGAAUCCUCACUGAUGACACAUCUUUCACCAACAACAGAACAACCACGUUGGUGGUAGCAAUCAGCAAAUAUGCUUUUGAGAGUGCUUAUAGCAACCAAGAAAGGCUGUUCUUGAUGUCAUGUCAGUCUCAAAAUGAAAAUGCACUUGGAGUAGUGAUAUGGCAGAGAGUGGGUGGAGAUGAUCCGUGUGCCACCACCCCAUUCUUUUUCUCUGCCCAGUGACUCAGAAUCACGUUGCAUUAGUUGCAUGGGCAACAACCAAGGAAAUCCAUUUGGGCAAAUAAAGAGAACAUUCAGAACAGAAAAUCCUUUGUCAUUCCCAAGAGCAAAUAUAUAUUUUUAAAAAACCCCAAACCUGUAUUACAACCUAGCCAGUUGAAAUAACUCUUAAAUUUUUAAAUUUUUUUGUUCCAAGAUGAGAGAUUUAGGGAAACAAGCUCUUUUUCAGGAAACCCUUCCCUGUCAGUUGCAUCUUCUAGAAAGGCCAAUGUAGCAAGAACCAUUAAUAAAAGCAGUGAAUAAGAAUGGAAGACUUACUUCUAGUUUCACUCAGGGGGCUUUCCACUAGAUGCCCCCUAGAUCCAAAGAUGAGAAUAAGCACAUUUCAGUGUUGCCAAUACAAUACCUGAGCUGAAGGAACAUCUCAUUGCAGGCAAUUUGCAGUAUAGUCCUGGAUUUCAUGUGAGGCUGUGAUAUCCAUCAGUGUGCGCUUGGUUGGGAUCUGCCAGCUUUGUGUUGUUUGGGCACGAGUGCUGAAGUUCUGCCUCAUUUCUGCUGACUUGGUUUGGAAAAGAGUGGGGAAAGAGCUGAAGGGACCAGUAGGGCAAUAUCUGUCUUCUCCAUUUCAGGAGAAGAAAACAUUCCUUUGAAUACAAAAGAAGAAACUGCUGCGAAACAUGGCGGGGGAAGGACUAAAACAGAAGUAAAGUUGGUGUAGGUUCUUCAGAAUGAAUUCCCAUUCUUAUAUCUGUUUUUCCCACUUGUUUUCUGACGUCAUGUAUUUUUCUAUUUGUUGGCAUCCCAUGUCUUUUAGGAAAAUGAGUAUUUCCAAAGGCUGUAUAUUUUGCUAGUAUUUAUAGAUAUAUCCAAAUAGGAUUCAACAAAACCUCUAAGCAGUCAACCUGUUUGUUACUGCCACUAAAACAUAAGAGCUUGUAAAAUGCUCUGUUUGAAGAAGUAUAUUGAAAGGAUUCAAAAAAUGGAAUACAUGCUCCAAAGAUAGCACUAGCUUUUCUCUUAAGUUUCAUUACUGUGUUGAAGUGUCAAAGUUAGAAGUGGAAAUCCAAAUGACAGUCAGUGUUGAUGAGGAAUUCAAAUUGGCUGCCACUGGUUUUCAGUUUGGAAACUUCAUGGAAUGUACCAUACCAGUGUUUCAUUAGUUAGCUCAGUAUAUGCAAGGUUUGUAUGAAAGUACAAAUUUUACUAUUAGCUCCAUUAUCUUGUUCUGUGUCUAUCUUUCCACACCUUGUAAAAAUUAACGCAAAAUGCUGCCACAACAGAGUAACUUUUGCACACAGCUUGUGGGAAUGGCUGCUCUGAAUGACAGACAACUGAUUGUCAGACUCUGGGCUUAGAAAAUUAAGGGCUGUGGUCUAAGGGAAACUCCUCUCCUUUUCCCCAACUCCCUGUUUCAGAAUCCAGUCUCUGCUGGUUUACUUUUUGGUGUCUCUGUGAUGCCUGUAUGAGUGGUCAGUAUUUUCAGGUGUCCCAAAGACAUGAAGGUAGAUCCUUACCCAAAUAUUGCACACUACGAAACAUCUCUGGUGCCAUUGGAUGCUGUGGUGUGACCCGAAGGUCGGGUCCUGUAACUUGAACUGGCUUCAGUAUUCUUUGGGGGCCUCCCCCCUGAGUGACUGUGGGUGUUUAAACGAAAGACUAAAGUGUUACAUCUGAAUUGAGCCAAACUGAUUUUCUUUUUUUUUUAAUGCUGAGAUAUAUUGUUUUUUCUGCUUUGUGUUUUUCUGAGUAGCUCUUCUUUCCUAGAGUUUAUAGUGUGGAUUUUGCAUCAAAUCCCAGCAAAGAAGAUUUUGCAAAGUGAAACCUACUUUUCAUCACUCAGGCUUCUCUAAAGAAAAGUGACGUUAUUACUGAGCCAAAUCACACAGAGAGGAAAUAUUUUUUUCCUCUAGUAAAACUUCUGAUGUAGGUAAGCUUAUGUGUGUGUCCCUGCUUAAAAGGCAAGUACAUGUGUGCAGGUCUCAUGCAUCUCUCAUGCUCUAAUACGAUUUUUUUCCCUUUGCCCUUCUGAUUGAAUGCUGGAGGCUUAGCAUUUUCCACAACCUUGAGGCAAGUUUAAAUCCUUCUCCUUCUUGGGUGUCUAAAAAUCAGACUGUGGGUGAUAGGAAGCAUCUGAUCUCCUUAGGAACAGAAUCACAUCAACUAAUCUCCAUUUGAAAUAUGAGACCUUAGGUUUUUGUUAGCCUUCUGCUAAGACUGACACUCCUUGGAGUAGAAAUAAAUGACAAAUCUGCCUGCAAAGUCUCCAGCAGUUGUCUGCUGCAGAAUAUGAGUCUCUCAGAUACUUCUCAGCAGCUCUGCUGUAAGAGGUGACCCUUCUGCUGGAGGAUCCUCAUGACACUUCCCUUAGCUCAGUUCACAAUCAAUAGUUUCAAGUCCAUCAGAAGCAAGUUUAGACACUGCCCUGAGGAAUUUCCAUAAAAUGAAAGAGAACUGUUUGUGUGUUUCUGGCACAUAAAAUCACUGAGUCUAAAUUGUGAAAUAAAGGUCUCAGUGACACUGGAGAGUACUGGGAGUUUCUGCCCAGAAUUAAAGGUAGGAAGUGUAUCUGAACUUUUAAUUUCAAAAACUGUGGCCAUGAGUCAGCCAGCAUCAGAAGAAAACCAACUUGGAGGCUUCUAACAACAACGAAUAUUAUUGUGGCUUUAUUAAUUUUAUAGUUACACUGAUUGAAUGUGAUGUACUGUACAAAAUAAAGCUAGUCUUAGGCUACCAGGUGUACCAUGGCAUUCAUUUGAGACAUACCAACAAAAGUUUGCAUGUGAAAAGUCUUAAAGUGAUACUAAAGCAAUGUUACCCACCUGACUAAGUCCCUUAGGAAUUUAAUGUUUUGCUGUUUCACAUCUGGUUUCCAUGAUGAGUACAAUAAAAUGAGCACUGUCUUAAUUA